AUGUCAAAUUCUAGAUAUUCAGAGUUAACAUCAUUAACAGAGUAUCAGCUUUUUGAAAGGAGAUUUGGAAACACAGUAGAGGCCAGCCAGAUAUAUGAUCUGCUCAAAUUAAAGAUUGCUUACCUUACUGGAGGCAAGUCUGAGAAGCAGGGUCCUUUGAUAUUGUUUCCGAGUAGUAGUGGUGUAGGAAAGACAUCCGAACAGGAUGUCAUCACGUGUCUCAAGGAGGUUUCAGCCAAAAGGGGAUUCACAAUCAUCAUAGACAACAAGACAAAUUUGUACAACAAUCUUCUAAACUUUGUACUUCUCUGCUGUCAGAAAGCAUACGGCAGUGCUCUAUCAGAAGUCUAUGUGGUUGAUGAUUUAGUUAAGAAACAGUUCAACAUCGAUCCUCAAAUAACACCAGCUAAGUUUAUAGAAUCGUACAACAAAGAAAUGAAGAACAUGUUGCUGGAGAUGGAUCAGUUCACAAAGGGGGCCACCAACGUAAUUCUCCAGUCCACAUCAUUCCAACGGCCAUCUCAACAGCUUUCAUCAUCAUCAUCAUCUCAUUACCUUGACCUGCAAGCACUUUGGAAUGAUUAUGAAGUUGUGAGGAAUAACUGCCUGGCACUCAUUGCAAAAGGAAUUGAUUUCAUGAAAGGCCGCCAUACGCCGACGGAAGAUGAGUUCAUCAUCAAAGAUAGGACAAAUAGAUUGGUGAAGAGUCUGGAGGAGAAGCUGAACAGGUUGGAAGGCGUAUGGAGGUUCAAGGAGGGCGAGGAGAGGAGGAGGUCUGAUUAUUAUGAACUUCAAUCCAACAUUAAAACUGUGAUUGAUUGGAUACUGGGUCCAGGUGAGAAGUUGUUGAUGUCCAACACGUCCAUCGGCAGGUCGUUGGAAGAAGCUGACCAGCUUAGGAGACAUCAGGAACAACUUGAAUUGAAGUGUCUUGACUCCUAUGGUAGAUAUGCAGAGUUGAGACACAAAGUUGAAGAAUACGUUGCCAACACCAACAACAACAACACCAACACCAGCACCAACAACAUGAACAAUGACCUGACGGAACUACUUGCUCUGAAGGAUCGCAUGGACAAGGUGUGCAAGGAUUUUGCCAGCAGGUUGGAAACGAGAAGAAAUCUAGUGGUGUCUUCAGUGAGGUUUUACAAACUCAUCAAGGAGAUCCUCUUGACACUGAAUGAUCUGCUGUUGCUGAUGAAUAGAGAUAUAACUCACAAUGAAUUGGAGCAAAUCGUCGAUCAAUUCAACAACAAAGUUGACCAAAUGGACUUGAAGUUGAUGAUGGCAGAAAGGGAGGGUGUGACCCUGGUAGGUGAGCUGUCGAACCCACCACCCCACCUCCAACCGAUCCAAAAUAUUAACAGGGUAGAUGACGUUCGAUACGUUGAAAGUUGUUUGCAACAAAUCAACCAGGAACUCAGCAACAACAGAAACGACAUCAAUUUCAGAAAAUUACAACUCAAACAAAUGCUGCAGUUGAAAGUUUGUGAGGAUAAUGUUGAACAAGCAAUCGUGUGGAUCCAGGAGCUGAAUGACAUUUUGAACUCUGAAGUUGAAAGUCAAUCACUCGCCUUCAAUCAACCGCCAACCAGCCAACUGUCAAUCAAUAGACUGCCGACACUCCAGCAACUCGAAGAAACCAAAGAGAAACUGAACAAGGGAGAGAAAACAGCACUUGAUAGUUAUGAAUAUGGCCAGAAGAACCUGCAGGCUGCCUUGUACCUGAGGAGGUCCAUGCAGGAGGACACGGAAGUGAACCUGGACCAGGCCGACAGACUGCACGACGUGUGGAUGACGUUCAAGAAGGGCGUCAGCGAAAGAGCUGCAAGGAGGAAUGAUUUGGCCAUUUUUGAUCUCAAGUCCAAUCAGUUCUUAACAGCUACUGACCAGCUGCUGAACAAACUGAUAAUGAACAAAACCUCAACGAUCAGCGUACCACGACCGCCCCUAACAACGGCAAAUGACAGUAACAAAGAAGUACUAAAGGACUUUCUGAAACGUAGGAGAGUGUUGGAGAAUAGUCACAAGCAGUUGCGAGAAGAAGGACAACAUCUGCACCAACGAUUUCAAAAACCGCUUCUUGUUGGACAGGGAGAUGAGAAGAAAAUAAAAUUUGAAGAUUCCGAAAUGAUUGAGCGAGUGAGAGAAAGAUUAAGGAAGAUGGAUGAGAGGAUGACCGAGUUGGCAGGUCGCUGGGACAUUGACGGCAUGGUGAGCGAGGAUGUCCAACAGAAUUCCACCAUCAGAGGACCACAACCGUUGAGCCAAUCCCGGCAAGGCUCAAGUAAAAUUCCAUCACAACAAAACGUUGCUCACAUCGGGAUGAAAAACAUGAUGAAAAACAACGUGAACAACAACAUGAACAACAACGUGAACAACAACAUGAACAAAAACGUGAACAACUACAACAACAUGAAUUAUUAUGCUGGCAGUGAUGGCACCGGCAAGGGUGGCAGCCAGUUGCGGGACGAUUCCUUCAAUGAGUAUAAAUAUGUUGAGAACCAAUUAAGAAGCUGGUUAGGGGGUCACGUGAUGAAUGAACUUUCAACCUGCAAUAUCAUUGGUCAGACGCAAGAAUCUGCCGAAUUCUUCUCCAAUCGCCAUCGUAAACUACUUAGGGAUAUUGAGACCAAUGAGGACGAUUUGAUGAGGUGUCCCAGGAACAAGCAGGUCCAACAAGUAGAUCAGGUGUUGUUGCAGCAAGUGAGGUUCGUGAAAGGACUCGUCGCAAACAGAAUUCAGUUUGCAUCCUCGUUUGCCGAAUAUUUGCUGCUACUUCAAAAGGCAUCCAGUUUUGUUUCCCUCAUGGAAGGCAACGGCAAACAGCAGACUACUGGCUCGAUCCAAGACAACGCCAUGUUCGAAAAAGAUGUGAGUUUAAUUAAAUCACUUGAUGAAUAUGAAGGUAAGUUAGCGAGGCAUGCACAACUCGUUUUCAACUGGGCUGACCACCACAAAUUGAAGGAAGAUAGUAAUUUCGACUGCAACCCAUCAAUAAACUUCGUCGUCCAAUCAUUCAAUGAUUGGAAGGCUAAAAAGGAACAACUGAAAAGUGAAUUUUUUGAAAGACGAAGAGCCAAAAAUGAGUUUAAUUCCAGAGCAAUAAAUGAUAAGAGUCAAAAUAAUAUGGAAAACAGCUUUUCGUUGGAAUUGAAUAAGGUGAUGUCUACUUUUUCUAAUUUAACUUUGCAGUUGAAUGAGGACAUUGAGGAUCUGAACAACCAGUUGACUGGUUCCUCACCAUCAACCCGGAACAUGGGUGCCAUCAACGAUCAACUCUUCAGGAUACAAAACAAUCUAGAUCGUCUCCAACAAAGCAAGCAAGCAAGCCAGUUUAGAAAUGAGCUGCAUAAUUUAAAGAAAAACGUCGAAGGAUUGAAAACUUUUGUUGCAAGGGCAGUUCAUUUUGAUGUUCUGAGUCAAAAUUUCUCGCUCGAUCAGAAAGUGCCAAGUGGAGACAACAAAAUAAAUUUGUUUGGACAGCAUUUGGAACCAGUUCGCAAUGUGAACAUCAGGAAAGGAGAAGUACUGAGGUUGUCAAGCAAGUUGAAUCUAUUUCCUUACGUCGGCCACCAAAUAAAGUGGUUCAAGAACGAGAGGGAGAUCAUGCGGGAUGAUGAGAGGUACCGCUACAACGACGUGGAGGGUGCUUCUCGAUCGGAGUUGGUGCUGGAGGACGUGGAUGACGAUGAUGUGGGUGUGUACUCGUGUGUGGUAGUUGGCGACGGCAGGAGACAGAUCGAUGUAGCUGACGUCUUCCAAGUUUCGGUUCAAGAUUUCACAGACCCACACGCUUCCAUCCUGGGCCACCUGUUUCCUCCGUUUCCUUUUGUGAACCAGUGUUGCAAUUCGUGCCUGUUCAAAGGCGCCUGCUGCCAGGAUACGGAUGAGCUAGCAAUGUUUAGGACAACCUUUCCUGAAGAAAACAGUGCAUCCAUAAAUACUUUGUCGUCUGGAGCAGGCACCGAACACUACCGUAGCUUUCAGUGGAUGAGCUAUGUACAUCUCACAGACUGCUUACGCGCUGAUUUGUGGCUAAACACCUCCAUUGGCAUCCUCCACUUGUAUCCGUCGCCACUCCUCAAUCACCGCAGGAUUUUGUCCUUACAACAACUAUCAUCAAUGAAUUGUUUAAAGUGGAAGAUGUUCGGGGUGAGGCAUGCGGUUCUUCUCCACAAAGUCGACCUUAUCAGACAAAACGGGUUGAGACGCGAUGACCAACCAAGUGGACGCAUCAGUUUGGGCGGAACUGUAGUGUAG